CAAACUCACGCCGCAACUUUAAAAAUCGCAGGAGUCCGAAAAUGGCACCUUCAUCUGCCUGGAGCCAGAUCCUUCCCCUCAUACUCACAUUAGUCGUAGUGGCCGGCAUCAGUUUCGUUGUCUAUCAAGUUUACCUCUCAGCCCUCCAGUUCCGCGACUACACGGCCCAGCGCAUGGAACGCAAGAACCUUGCUUUUUCCAAAGACGGCGGUCUGCGCCUAAGUGUCAAGGACGUCAGCGACGAAACCUACCUGGACCAGACGCAAAGCUGGUUUGUAAAGGCGUGGGAGUUGGGCGUGGAGGAGGAGAACGCGAACAAAAAGAGAAAGAAGGGAACAUUCAGAAAGGCGGCUUAGAAUGUCGCUGAGGAAUGGGUAGCUGGGGUGUUUAGUGGGGUGGAUGUAAAGCCCAACGAGAAAGGAGACAAGAAAGAGAUGCAAUGGGCAAAGAGUGCCAAUAUGUGAGAGAGCAGACAAGCAGUGCUAUGAUCAGGCUGGAUGACUCGAAGAAGCAUGCCACUGGUCCCGAGGGUAAUUGGGUGCUUGUCGAAUCUACGCUCGAGUCUGCUUCUGGAUGGGCUAUUAUGUUACCUUGGUAGCUAUUCUCAAGCACCUGAACGUGCAACAAAGAAAUGCAUCAUGCACUGCCCAUCAGAUUGUCAGAUAUUCAUGUCCACUGCCAUCGAAGAGUUAGGCCCCUUGACACUGUUGUCUCGCUCAAUAACGCUUGUUCAGCCUUGAUACCUCCAGUUAUCGUUGCCUCUCCAGUCAUCAGUCCAACAGGUACUUUAAGAGCUACCUAUUAUACCGGC